AAGAAAUCAACCCCUCCCUCUCUCCUUUUCUUCCCUCCCUCCCUCCACUCGUCCUCUCUCUCUCCCUCUCUGUCCUUCUCUCCAUCCCCUCCCCCCGUGACAGAGCACACCUGCCUGAUCUUGGCUGCAGGCGUCCACACAGCGAUCAGCCCUCGGCCUGCCGCGCUGCACAUCGGCUCCAGCCCUCUCUGGAUUUGCGGAUCUUCGUCUGCAGCUCUACAAGCUCCUGCCUCUAUCAGCAACAUGAAAUCGGCCUGUCUCUCCCUGCUUUUGGUGUCUGUAUGCUGGGCUCUGCCCUUCCGUCAGUCCGGCUUCAUGGACUUCAUGAUGGAGGACGAAGCGGGCUCAGGCUCUCCCAUUCCUUCGACUCGUAGACCACCCGUUCACUUGCCUCCUCUGGUACCUGAUGUGAUGCCUGAUGAGGGACCUGAUGGACCUUUCUGCCCCUUCCGGUGCCAGUGUCAUCUGCGAGUGUCCCAGUGUUCUGAUCUAGGUUUGAAGAACGUUCCAGAAAAAAUUCCACUUGAUACCACUCUCCUGGAUUUGCAGAACAACAAGAUCUCGGAGAUCAGAGAAAACGACUUCAAAGGCCUGAAGAGUCUCCAAACGCUCAUCCUGGUCAACAACAAGAUCACCAUCAUUCAUGCCAAGGCCUUUUCUUCUCUGAUGAAUCUGGAGAGACUCUACCUGUCCAAGAACCUCCUGAAGGAUGUUCCCGCUAACAUACCGAAAAGCCUCCAGGAGCUGCGUAUUCACGAGAACCAGAUUAACAAGAUAAAGAAGUCCUCCUUUGCCGGCAUGGCCAAUGUCAUCGUCAUGGAGCUGGGCUCUAACCCUCUGAGCAGCUCUGGAGUUGAUAGUGGCGCUUUUGCUGAUCUGAAGAGGGUUUCUUACAUUCGAAUUGCUGACACCAACAUCACCUCCAUCCCCAAAGGUCUGCCCAGCUCUCUUUUUGAACUUCACUUGGAUGGAAACAAGAUCACCAAAGUGACUGCAGACAGUCUGAAGGGCCUCAAGAACCUUUCUAAACUGGGCCUGAGCCACAAUGAGAUCAGCGUGGUUGAGAACGGCUCUCUGGCCAACGUGCCUCACCUGAGGGAACUUCACCUGGACAAUAACAUUCUCACCGUGGUCCCGUCAGGCCUGCCAGAACACAAAUACAUUCAGGUGAUCUACCUUCACGCCAACAAGAUCGCUGCUGUGGGAACAGAGGACUUCUGCCCACCCGGCUAUAAUACAAAGAAGGCCAUGUACUCGGGCAUCAGCCUGUUCAGUAAUCCAGUUCCCUACUGGGAGGUCCAGCCGAUCACCUUCCGCUGCGUCUUCGACCGCUCGGCCAUUCAACUGGGCAACUACAGAAAGAAGUAGAGCGUCCGAUCAGACGGCUUAGUCACUGUUUUCAUCCCGCCCCUUCCUGUCUGACCUAAUCCUUUCAAGCACAUAACGUAGUUUGAAUGUCAUAUCUCAAUUAACCCGAAAUCAGCUCCAUUUGCAACAUGCCGUUUACUGGACAGAUAUUCAAAUAACCAAAUGCAUAUCAGUAUUGUAUUGAACAUACAUAUUAUGUAAGUGCAGAGGAGAACAGAAAUUGUAUGAUUUUGAAAAAAUAAAGAAAGUAAAGCCAUGACCACUUAGAAUAUCCAAUAGCGCACAUCACCUUUUUCGAAGGUCACUUUGGAUCUUCUGGACCUAAGCCAUGUUCUUCUAUGUUCUUCGCUGGCCUGCGGAGCGGGCAGCAAGGGGUUAACACAUGUCAGCCAGUGCCAUUAACAAGAGCUUGUAUGCUAGAAUGUACUCAGUUAUUACUUUCCGUGUAGUGCUAGUUCAGAUUGUGCUGUUAAAACAGGAAGUUGGGCUAUUAACGCAGAUGUUUUGGUGACAUUUGUGUUCAUUCGUUUCCUCAGAUCCCGUCUGCUCUACCCAGGUGAACAUAGCGCUUCGAGAUGUAGAAUAAACUAUGUUGUCAUUAUGACGAAACGCGAUUCCCGAACCUAUACGCAUGCUUUUUCUACUGGUGACUGCCGUGUUAUGUGCGAGCUUGUACGUGUGUUUCUUUCGUGUUUUGUUGAUCGUCUGUGUUUCAGUCUGGAAGGAUCGGGAGGGAGACGGCGGACAUGGACACCUCCUGCUUUCAUGAGAGUCAUGAAUGUCUCUUGUAUAGACGCUGUAUAUAAAUGCUGUAUAAAAGAAUCCUAUCAAUGCUUUGAAGCACAAGCACUUACAGUAGUUUGGACUUUAAUAUAUCGGCAAUAAAGGUAAUCCCCUUUCUUCUCUCUUUCUUUCUCUCUCUCUCUCUCUCUCUGGUCAAUUGAGGGCUCCUACACAGGUGUCUUGAACCAAAUAAACAGUCAAAUCUC